UUAGGACAUUGCCAAUUCACCAAAAAUAUUAGGCCAUUACCACUACCUUACUUUCCCACAUAGAUUCAAUAUUACAGAGGAGGCCUUAUCUCUCUCUCUCUCUCUCUCUCUCUCUCUCCCAUCACAUACAAAUCCACUCACUGUCACCGCUCUUGGGUUCACGUUUUUACCAAUCGGCCUUUCACUCUUAUCUCUUUCUGUCCUUCUCUUUGUUAUAAAAUUAUAAAAAGCAUACAAGCUACCAUUACUAUAAAAAUAAAAGCCUCUCUCUCUUUCUCUCUCAACAUUCUCUUCCACUGUUUCUGCUUUCCUUUCCCAUGGCUUUCUCAUUCUUCUAGUAUAUGCGUGGUGUUGUGUCUAAUACGUACAUACAAGUUUUUUCUUUUUGUUUUUUCUUUUUCUAUAUUCAUAGCUUUUUUCCAAAGAGUGCGUGGGGUGUUUGGAAAAUGGCUUCUUCUUUUAGUCACUGCACCAGGAGGAGAAGUAGCAUAUUUUAUCUGCUGCUACUUGCUGUUCUUCUUGCUCAAAUUAGCACCAGUCUUUGUGCCAAGGUUUAUAUGGUGUAUAUGGGAAGCAAGACUGGCGAGGACCCAGAUGAGAUUCUGAAGCAAAACCAUCAAAUGCUUGCUUCUGUUCACAGAGGAAGCGUUGAGAAAGCAGAGGCUUCUCACGUUUACAGUUAUAGACAUGGUUUCAGAGGCUUUGCAGCAAAGUUAACAGACGAGCAAGCCUCCCAAAUCUCUAAGAUGCCUGGGGUUGUGUCGGUGUUCCCCAAUUUGAAAAGAAAUUUACACACCACCCAUUCGUGGAAUUUCAUGGGACUUUUGGGCGACGAGACCUUGGAGAUUUCGGGCUUUUCCACCAGGAACCAAGUAAACGUCGUCGUCGGCUUCAUUGAUACAGGAAUUUGGCCUGAAUCUCCAAGUUUCAGUGAUGAGAAUAUGCCUCCGGUACCAGCUAGAUGGAAGGGGAUUUGCCAAACAGGAGAAGCAUUCAAUGCUUCUACAUGCAACAAGAAAGUGAUUGGGGCUAGAUACUAUUUGCGUGGUUAUGAAGCUGAGGAGGAAGAUUCAGAAAACACUGUGUCAUUCAGAUCUCCAAGGGACAGCUCUGGUCAUGGCAGCCACACAACCUCAAUUGCUGCCGGCCGCUAUGUGACAAACAUGAAUUAUCAGGGACUGGCAGCUGGUGGAGCUAGAGGAGGUGCACCCAUGGCUAGGAUUGCUGUAUAUAAGACAUGUUGGAACUCGGGUUGCUAUGAUGUUGAUUUACUAGCUGCCUUUGACGAUGCAAUCAGAGAUGGGGUUCAUAUUUUGUCUCUCUCUCUGGGUCCCGAUGCUCCCCAGGGAGACUAUUUUAAUGAUGCUAUCUCUGUGGGGUCAUUCCACGCUGCUAGCCAUGGAAUUUUGGUGGUCGCUUCAGCUGGAAAUGAAGGAAACCCAAGUUCUGCCACAAAUCUUGCCCCGUGGAUGCUCACUGUAGCUGCUAGUUCCACUGAUAGGGAUUUCACUUCCGAUAUCAUGCUGGGAAAUGGUUUUAAUUUCACGGGUGAAAGUCUAAGUCUAAUGGAAAUGAAUGCCUCUGCAAGGAUCAUUUCUGCCGCGGAAGCUAAUGCAGGAUAUUUCACUCCUUAUCAAUCCAGUUACUGCUUAGAGAGUUCUUUGAAUCGCACCAAGGCCAGAGGGAAGGUUCUGGUCUGUCGACAUGCUGAAAGUUCAACAGAUUCAAAGCUGGAAAAGAGUGUCAUAGUAAAAGCAGCUGGUGGUGUUGGGAUGGUUCUUAUUGAUGAGGCAGACAAAGAUGUUGCCAUUCCCUUUGUGAUUCCUUCAGCUAUUGUUGGAACAAGGACAGGGAACCACAUUCUGUCAUACAUUAAUCGUACACGUAUACCAAAAUCUAGGAUUUUCGCUGCCAAGACCAUAUUGGGUUCGGAACCUGCACCCCGUGUUACGGCAUUUUCUUCAAGAGGGCCCAAUGCCUUGACACCGGAAAUUUUGAAGCCUGAUGUCACAGCUCCUGGAUUGAACAUACUUGCAGCUUGGUCCCCGGCAUUAAAAAAAAUGCACUACAACAUACUUUCUGGCACUUCAAUGGCUUGCCCACAUGUAACAGGAAUUGCAACCUUGAUCAAAGCAGUUCAUCCAUCAUGGUCUCCAUCUGCUAUCAAGUCUGCAAUCCUGACAACCGCUACUACUUUGGAUAAGCACCACAAACCCAUCACAGUGGAUCCAAAUGGGAAAAGGGGCAACCCAUUUGACUAUGGAUCAGGCUUCGUGAAUCCAAGAAGAGUCCUUGAUCCUGGCCUGGUCUAUGAUGCACAUCCAGCAGAUUAUAUAGCAUUCCUUUGUUCAAUCGGUUACGAUGAGAAGUCACUGCAUCUCAUCACAGGAAACAAUAGCACAUGUGAUGGGUCAUUAUUAACAGCUUCCAACCUGAACUAUCCUUCUAUUACAGUUCCAAACCUUAAAGACGAAGUCUCAGUUACUAGAACAGUGACAAAUUUUGGAAGAAGACAGAGCAUUUAUAAAGCUGUAGUAACUUCACCUGUUGGAAUCAAUGUAACUGUUGUCCCAGAUCGAUUAGUCUUUAACAGCUUUGGCCAGAAGAUAAACUUCAGAGUGAAUUUCAAAGUGGCUGCUCCAUCAAAGGGUAAGGGAUAUUCAUUUGGGUACUUGUCAUGGAGGAGUCAAAGAACAAGGGUUACCAGCCCUCUGGUCGUCCGAGUUGCACCAUCCAACUUUGGUUUGGUUAGAUAACCACACCCUAUACAGCUUUUGUAAUUCUUUUUACUAGUUUUUAGGAGCUUUAUGUUCGUUUACAGCUGGGAUGUGACUGCGGAAGGGGGCCCCUAAAAAGAAGGGCCCAAAACCACUUUUUAAUAUUUAUAUUAUAUACUUUAUAUUUUAUUUAUUAUAUAAAAUAAUUCUUUUCUUUAAUAA